UCACUGUUGGUAAUAAUACAGUUUUAAAAAUACGAUUUUCGAUUCGAGUCCAAAAUCCCAUCGAUAGUUACUUAGUGGGUGAAAUAAAUCGAUAGAAACUUAUCCAAAACUACUCUAAUGGUGGAUUUUUUGUGUCAACGUGUUGUGCUUUACUUCGUAAUCCACGCCAUGAUUCUUUCUCAUUUGUAAGGUACGAGGUUAUGAAAUCUUACAUUCAUAGCAACUCUAAAGCACGUUCCAAAUUUAAAUCCAAAUUUAUUUUUGCGGAGAUAAAAAGUACGAAAUAAAUAACGGUUUUAAACAUUCAAGUAUAAAAUGAGGUGGAUGGCCCGUUAUUUUACACCACCAAUUUUACUUGGUUUAUCUUUAACAAGCGUUAGUAUCGCUUUACUAUAUGUAUUGUACAGAAAGGACGAAGAAGAUACUAAAUCCAGAAAAAGUCAAGUUGAGAUUUCAAAACGAUAUACAAUAGAAUGUAGUGUACCCAGACAAUUUGUACCUGCUGUUAUUGGAAGGGGUGGUUCAAUGAUAAAAGAUAUACAAAAUAAAACAGGAACUCUGGUUCAUUUUAAAGAGGAUAAUAUUGAAUGUCCCGAACGUAUUUGCGUCAUAAAAGGAAGCUAUGAAUCUGUAUAUCUAGCUGAAAAUAUGAUAAAGUCCAUAAUUCAUAAUCAGCCUAUAAUUGAAUCAUAUGUAUUGUCUGUUCCUCAAAAAGCAUGUGGGAGAAUAAUAGGAAGAGGUGGUGAUGUUAUACAUCAUAUUCAAACAGUCUCUGGUGCGAAAGUCAUUAUUGAAAGUGCCUUUGUUGCUUCUGAGCCACUUGUUGAAAGAAAAAUUACUAUAAAAGGAACAUCUAAACAAAUUAAUACAGCUUUAGAAUUAAUUCAAGAGAAAAUUUAUGAAGAAGAAGAGGAACGUACAAAGUUACAGGCUUCUUCUGCUGCAAGACUGCCUAGAGGAAAAUUAUCUCCUCGUAACACCAUUAACUCAUCUGAACAGGGUCAAAAUACUGAAUCUUUAACAUUACCAGUAUCUGAUGGUUUCAUAGAAGUAUAUGUAUCCGCAGUGGAAACUCCCAGUCAGUUUUGGGUUCAAAUUGUCGGUCCUGGAAUUACUGCACUAGAUAAAUUAGUGUCUGACAUGAAUACUUACUACAGUAAUAAAGAAAAUUAUGAAAUGCAUAAGUUGAAAAGUAUAAAAGUUGGCCAAUUGGUAGCAGCAAAAUUCGGUUUUAAUAAGCAAUGGUACAGAGCUGAAGUUAUUUCCCUACCUUCAAAUGAUCAAUGUGAAGUCUUCUACUUGGAUUAUGGAGAUCAUGAAAUAAUCCACCACAAUUGCGUAUUGGAACUUCGAACCGAUUUUCUCAGCUUAAGAUUGCAAGCGAUCGAGUGUUCACUUGCCAAUGUUAAACCACCGGGAGCUGAAUGGUCCAAUGACGAGUGUGACUUUUUCGCGGAGAUCACGUUUUUAGCCGAGUGGAAAGUUCUUUAUGCCAAAGUUAAAGGUUUCAAAGAGAGAACCUUCGGCUAUGGAAGAUCUCGUCGCGAAGGUUCACCGAUUCCUUCCGUCGAGCUUUACAAUAAACACGAGAACGAGGAAAUUAACAUCGGCUGCGAGAUGAUAAAGGAAGGUUACGCCGAGCUAGAAGAAACCGCACCAUCGACCGCUUCCUCGACGUUGUCGCUAUUCUCACGCCACUACGACAUCGGGGGUGUUUCGACUCCUCCGCUGACGAAGCGAGCUUUCAGUCCUGAAACGUCGGCAAACAAUUCACGUAAUUUGGAUUCGGCCAUCGACUCGCCAAGUACAUCGACCAUGGAUGGGAUGCCUACCGAUGUAUCUGACGUAUUGUCAUCUGAAGUUAAAGAAGUUCACCUAUUUACGCCGCAUAAACCACACGAUUGGACCGAGGAAGUGGAUCUGAUGGCAUCGAAGAAGGAGAUGAAUCGCUUCAUCGGAAACGAGAAGAAAGUUCAAGAGGACGACGACUGUAGUGUUCGCCCUCCAAACGGCACCUACAUCCCGUUGGAGUCUACCCAAAAACGGGAACGUCCAUGGCAAGUCUCGAAAUUCUCGCGAGUCGCUCCGGCUGGUUUCGAGAGUGAUAUGUCGGACGACUCGGACGUGAUGGAGCUGGGGUAAAUCGAAAGAACCAGCCGUACAUUUCUUCCUUUUUUCUAUCGAGAUAUGCUUCCGUUUAUUUCAUGUGUUGUAGAAGUCUUGUAGAUGUUAGAAAUGCGGCGGUUUGAACAAUCGCAACGAAUCCUCGAUAGAAAAAAGAAAAUAAGAAUAGAGUAGAAUACGUAGCAGUGAUUUAAACUUUACCCGUGCCCGUGCGCUUUCUUUCUUUUUCAAAUUUCAUUCUCUUGGCAAUGCCUUUCAUAUGCUAUGAAUUUCGGCAAGAUAUGCUUUUUAUCUUGUUGCGAUAUAUUUUUCUAAUACCUCGGCGAUUUUAAUAGAGAAUAUCAUUGAAGUGAGUUAUCAAGUAGAAUAUAAAACGGUGUUUUAUAUGUAUGUAUUCAGUGCGAUUGAAUCGAGUCGAAAACGAAACCUGGAAAACGCUUUUAAAGUAGUUAGAGCGCCGGGCUUUUCUCAAAAUGUAAUUAUAGAUUUUGUUGUUAGCCUUAACUUUUCCUUUUCCUUCUUUUUCUAAUUUCUUUUUUAUUCCCUAAUUUUUCUAGUUUCAAAAAUUUGUAAAUUUACUUGUUCAGUUAUUUACUCACUUGUUCAUUUACUUGUUUAUUUAUAUACUUGCUUGUCUGCUUACUUACUUUAAAGUAUCUUUUCCGCCAAGCUGAUCAUUUGUAAAUGAUUGAAAGUACAAAGGGUCGUUUAUUAGGUUAUUUAAUUUGCAAAUGAUUCUCUCUCUCUAUUUUAAUGGAAGCAUUUUAAAUUUAUUUUAUUUGUCACGCGUGACAUUUGUGACUGGAUAAUUUUUUCUAUAUUUUAUGUUGCUAGACGCUGUUACGCGUUAAUUAGUAUCAUGUAAUCAAAAGUAGAAUUUCUAUACUUCCAUAUAUUUUAGAGAGGAAGGUACACGAUAGAAGAAGAAUCGUAAGGGCCUGAAAACGAUAGAAAUUAGACACAUUUUAGAGAUAAUUGUUACUCUCAUCGCAAGAUAAACUUGAAGAAAACUGUUCCUUACUCUUCUUCCGAGUAGUCAGUUGUGCUUGGCCGUUCUCUUCAGAUUGUGCAUUGUUUCCUUCGGGAUACGUACGCUGUUUGAAGUAUGCUCAAGAUUAACAAACCGCGUGCCUUAAACUUCUGCUUCAUACUUAAUUACCACCAUUGAAAUAUGAACAUAGCAUGCAACAUAUAGUUGCAACAGUUGCAAGUAUUAGGUGUAUAAAGAUCGAAGAAAACUACAUAGGUCGUUCUAUUUUUGUAAUAUGACUAACUAAUUAAUUAAGUUCGUUUUUGUAGAUUGGUGGGAAAUAAAUGGAUUAAUGCGUAAGCCGAAACGAUCGUCGGUAUUAGGAUUUUUGUUUCUUCUU